AUGUUCAAAUCUAUGCGCCUCAUGAAGGCUGCUAAGCAGCCUUUUGCUAAUAUGUUGAGGGAUCCAUCCUCCAAGUAUAAGCCUUUUAAAGGUGUAUCGCUUCCAAAUAGAACUUGGCCAAACAAGUCCAUCACCAAGGCCCCACGUUGGCUCUCCACCGAUCUUAGAGAUGGUAACCAAGCUCUUCCAGAUCCCAUGUCAAUCCCUGAAAAGAAAGAAUAUUUCCACAAGUUGCUUGAACUUGGAUUCAAGGAAAUCGAAGUAUCCUUCCCCUCUGCAUCUCAAACCGACUUUGAUUUCACCAGAUACGCUGUAGAGAACGCUCCAGCAGAUGUUUCUAUCCAAGUCUUGACCCAAUCCCGUGAACCUUUGAUUAGAAGAACAGUUGAAUCCGUCAAGGGUGCCAAGAAGGCAACCAUCCACACCUACUUGGCUACAUCUGAUGUGUUCAGAGAUGUUGUGUUCAAUAUGUCCAAAGAGGAUGCUAUCGCCAAGGCCAUCGAAACCACCAAAUUGGUCAGAUCUUUAACUAAAGAUGACCCAAAUAUGCAAGAAACCGAAUGGACUUUUGAGUUUUCUCCAGAAUGUUUCUCUGACACACCAACUGAGUUCGCUGUAGAAAUCUGUGAAGCUGUUAAGAAGGCUUGGGAACCAACAGUAGAGAAUCCAAUCAUUUUCAACUUACCAGCCACUGUUGAAGUUGCUUCUCCAAACAUUUAUGCCGAUCAAAUCGAAUACUUCUGUAAUGAAAUUUCUGAACGUGAAAAGGUCUGUGUCUCAGUACACCCACACAAUGACAGAGGCUGUGGUGUCGCAGCUGCUGAAUUAGGUGUGAUGGCUGGUGCUGACAGAGUUGAAGGAUGUCUUUUCGGAAAUGGUGAGAGAACUGGUAAUGUCGAUUUGAUUACCGUUGCUCUUAACAUGUACACCCAAGGUAUUUCACCAAAUUUGGAUUUCUCUGACAUUGAAUCUCUUAUUGACGUUUCUGAAAGAUGUAACAAGAUCCAAGUUCAUCCAAGAGCCCCAUACAGUGGUUCAUUAGUUGUCUGCGCCUUUUCUGGAUCUCAUCAAGAUGCCAUCAAGAAGGGUUUCAACAAGGCUGAAAAGAGAUUAGCCCAAGGUGAUACCAAAUGGGCCAUCCCAUACUUACCAUUAGACCCUAAGGACAUUGGUAGAUCAUACGAAGCGGUCAUUAGAGUCAACUCACAAUCAGGUAAGGGUGGUGCAGCUUGGGUUAUCUUGCGUUCUUUAGGUUUAGACAUGCCAAGACCUCUCCAAGUUGACUUUUCUUCUAUUGUUCAAACUGAAGCUGACAAGGUUGGUAGAGAAUUGAAGACCGAGGAAAUCAUUCAAUUAUUCAAGAAGCAAUACUUAGAUUCUGAAGAAUCAUCAGUUGUCAAGUUGGUUGAUUAUGACGUUUCUAAGAACAAGGACAAUGAAACAGGACGUAUCCUUAAUGCAGAGAUUUCAAUUGAUGGUGUUAACUCAAACGUGAGUGGUAAGGGUAAUGGACCAAUUUCUGCAUUUGUUGACGCUAUCUCUUCAAGAUUUAACACUCACUUUGAAGUAGUAAAUUACGUUGAGCACUCUUUAGGCUCCGGUAGUCAAGUCAAGGCUGCUACAUACAUAGAAUUAAGUUACAUUAACGACAAGGGAACCAAGGUUAAGCAAUGGGGUUGUGGUAUCAGAUCUGAUGUUUCCGAAGCUUCCAUGCAAGCCAUUGUAUCGAUUGUGAACACAUUGAUUGAAACCAAGCAAAUCUCCGCCUGA